UCCGGGUUAUUCGACCCGAACGGUGACUCCCGCCCCGCCCCGCCCCGGAAGAAGCCGCUGCGUCUCGGGGCGGCGGCGGGCUCCUUUUCUGUGGGGCUGAGCGUGGGUAACUGUCAGCACCCACAGUGCCAAGGAUGAAAACAGAAGCUAAGGAUGGAGAAGAGGAAAGUCUUCAGACAGCUUUCAAAAAGCUGAGAGUUGAUGCAGCAGGGUCCACUGCUUCUCUUCCUGUGGGUGAGGGUACAGUUCCAAGAGCACUGGUUAAAACAGCUACAGAUGAAACCAAACCUAAGAAUGUGUGCACAUCUAAAGAAGCCUGGCAUGGGUCUAUGAGGAAACCUUCAAGAGGGGCAGUGAGAACCCAGCGUCGGAGGCGUUCUAAGUCUCCAAUCCUUCAUCCUCCUAAGUUUAUCCACUGCAGUUCAAAAACGCCUUCUGUGUGCAGCCAUCUGGUACACAAGAGCCAGAUAGACACUCCGGACAACAGCACAGGGCUAGGGGUGCCAAUCCCAAAGGAAUUCUGUGCAAAUGAACGAACCAGUCCUGUUCUUGAUGAUGCUGGCCACAAGGGAGUUGGUGCUGAGCAUUCGGAGAUUUCUCUUGCAGAGCCAGUGCAAGAGAACAAACAGGAAAAUUCUUCUGUUGCUGUUUCUCUGAUGUCCAAAGCAAGUCUAAAGACCACAGAUCUUUCUGACUUCCAGUCAGUUUCCAAACAAAACAAGAGUAAGCCAUGUGCAUGCAUGGACAAGGCCUGUCAGUGUAAGCAGUGGCAAGACAUGGAAGUGUACAAAUUCUCCGGCUUGCAGAACACCAUCCCAUUGUCACCGGAAAGAACAGUUGCUGAGGACCACUCCCAGCCUUUGCCAUCAAGAAUUCCCUCAAGCUCUCCACGAUCUUGCUCUGAGCAAGCAAGGGCCUAUGUGGAUGAUGUGACUAUUGAAGACCUUUCAGGAUACAUGGAAUAUUACUUAUAUAUUCCCAAGAAAAUGUCUCACAUGGCAGAGAUGAUGUACACCUGACAUCAAUGGGCUUUAGAGAAAGGGUUUGAUUGAAAUCUGCCCUCAGUCACACUCCACAUGAGAAGCAAUCCGCUCCCUGCUCACCAUGCUUGCAAUAAAAACACUUAAUUGCAUCUCAGCUAACUUUUGUUAUUUAAACUAGACAAAAUACCUUAAUUUAGAAACAUGUCAGCUCUAACCCUGGAAUGGUGGUUGGUUUGGUUAAAGAACGGUCUCUUCCAAUAGCUACUUAUGGAACAGAUAAUUUAGGAAAUUCUGCAUUGAUUAAAGGUCUUAUUUAAAAAUAAAAACAAAAACACCUGCA